AUGGUCGACCUUCAGAAACUACGCGACGCAAUUGCCUCCGGCUCGGUACUUGUGCCGGGGGAUGAAGGAUACGAAGACAGUCUGAAGCGGUGGAGUAAGACGGCCGAGAAGCGAGCUAAAGUUGUUGUGAAAACCAGCAACGCGAGCGAGGUCUCGACAGCCAUUAAGUUUGCCGUCGAGAAUGGCAUACCUAUGACGGCUGCCGGUGGAGGCCACGCCACCAGUGGCACAUCCUCAAGUGAGGGCAUGGUCAUUGACCUCUGCAAGAUGCGCCAGGCCAACGUCGACAAGGUCAACCACACGAUCACGUUUGGGGGUGGUUGCCUCUGGAAGGAUCUGGACGACGCGCUCGAUCCUCUGGACCUGGCUAUCGUGGGUGGGACCGUGAACCACACCGGCGUCGGUGGACUGAUCCUAGGCGGCGGCCACGGGUAUUUGAGUUCCAAGCACGGCCUGACGAUUGACAACCUCCUGUCGGUGGAGAUUGUCACUGCCGACGGCACAGUUCAGGAAGCUUCGGCGGAGAAGAACCCGGAUCUGUUCUGGGCUGUGCGAGGUGCAGGUGCGCAAUUCGGCGUCGUCACAAAGUUCACCUCUCGAGUCCACCCACAGGGUUCGGUCUACAGCGGUGCCCUGAUUUUCAUGGCCGACAAGCUACCCCAGCUUGUCGGCGCCGUUAACAAUUUCCACGAGAAGGAUAACCGCGAAGGCCACUGCAUUGUCCUUGCCAUUGGGUAUGGCCCCGACGGCCAGAGCCACAUGCUCAUCGUCUCGCCCCUUUUCCACGGCUCCGAGCAGGAGGGUCGGGAGUUCUUCAAGGACCUGUUUGAUGUCGGGCCCAUCAUGGAUACAACCCAGGUGAUGCGCAUGCGCAACGUCAAUGAGCUUAUCAACCCGCUGGCCGGACACGGCAUCCGGCGCCUUAUGGGCUCUGGCAACGUGGCGAUGCCCCUGAAGGCCGAGGACGUUCAGAAGACGGCCGAUACGUUCUGGAGUUUCUGUGACGCCACCCCAGGCGCGACCCCCCAGAGUGCUAUUGCGCUCGAAUUCUUUCCCAUGCACAAGGUCCGCGAGGUUGGCCUCGAGGAGACAGCCUACACCAACCGCGGCGACUACUACGACGUCGUCACCAUGUUUGGCUGGACGGAUCCGGCGCAGGACGACGCUUUCCGUGAGUUCAACAGGGAGAUUGUCAAGCAGAUCCGCGAGACUCUGGGGUACCAGUACGAUCCUGAUAAGGACGAGAAGCAAGACGCGCCCAUUGGACGGUAUAUCAACAUGGAGGCGGAUGUACUGCGGCCAGAGGAUGCGUACGGCUCGAAUCUCAAGAGGCUGAGGGAGGUCAAGUCCAAGUAUGACCCCAGCAACGUUUUCCACAAGUGGCACGGACUAGACAUCAAGGCUUCAGGGACUGGUGGUCUCUGA